AUGGCCGAUGAGACAAUCUACUUUUGCGAGGGCCGGAAAUACCCUAAACUGCUCAUAGACAACUACCAAUUCCAGAUACACAGAAGGGAAGAAAAGAAAACCAGAUGGAGAUGUGUCAAUUGCAACAAAACGAAAUGUACGGCGAGGGCGUUUACGUUCGGAAAAACCGUGUCCGUACACGAUACGCACAACCACGGGUUCCCUAAGAUUGACUCCAACAUUGUACUUGUACCACAACUUGUUAAACUGAUAAGAAAACACAAUACUGUUCAAGAACACCAACACUGAAUAAAUAAAUUUUUUGAUAUAGCUCGUACAAGACAAACAACAUGGUCUCCUGUCGAACUAUCAUUUUCGCAUUCCAGAUACUAGUUUUUUAUUCUAAACAAACAUUUAUGAAACGUUAUUGGACAAGAAAAGUGUUCGUGACUACUCGUCAGA